AUGUCUCGACGAAAAAUUGAGAAGUGCAAGGAUUACGUUAAAAAGGAAAACGGGCAGUGGGAGCACGUCCCGAUCGGACCUGAGCACCAUCCAAAAAAGAAGGCAAAGGCGGAAGCAAAGGCUGAGCCUGAAGUCGACACCAUCAUCGGUAUCGCGUAUCCAGAAGCUGGACGCAAAGAGUACUUGGUCCGCUGGGCCGGUUUUAAAGACACUGAAUUGACGUGGGAGAAGCCGGAAGAUUUGUCGACAGACGUCGCGAAGAAGGCGAUUGGCGAAUUCGAAACCGAACAUGGUAUUACUGGGUAA